UUAAUUUACGCAGACUACGACCUACAAGAUGUGUAAUUAUACCCAAAUCGCCUUACUUGGCUUCAGCUUCUUAUUGGUAUAAAAGUACACAUGACUAAUUUCAUCCAUAGUGUCUCACGGACUCAAUCAAAAAGGAAAGAUAGUCAGUGAAGUUGCAAACCAAUUGAAAAAGAUGACCGACAAAAAAUUUAUGGAUUUAAAAAUCAGAACAUGGUUCAAAAUGAACAACAUUAAAGGAAACGCAAGAAUGUGCAAAGCCGAUUUCGCAGAAAUAGCAGACAUUUUCAAACGUGAAUAUGAACUACAAGAUCCACAGUAUUCGGUGUUAAAGAAAUGGUUGUGUGAAGGAUGGGAUAUUUUAGUGAAGGAAGGACAAGAUUUGGCAAAUUCUGGCAAAAAUGGCGGAUUGACUCCUGACAACGCAGCGUUGGUUUUUGAGAUUACCGAAAUGCUGAAUAGAGGCGAAGCAAUAACGGAGGACCAAUACGCCAAUGCAUUUGAACAACUUGUUGAAGUAAAUAAAGGUCUGUUUCAGAAAAAUUUUGAGAUGAUGGUGGGUUCAUUUUUUGACAUUUAUGAUACGGAUCACGACGGUGAGAUAAAUACCGACGACAUGAUUCGAGGUUUACGUUGUCUAGGAGUCCAACAAGAUGAAGCUGUGAAAAUGAUGUUUGCUAAUAUAGACACGGAAAAAAAGGGGAAAAUAUCAAAACCCGUUUAUGUGGGUGAAUGGGUUGAGUUCAUGCUUGGAACUCGCAAGGAUGGAGCUAUCGCUAGCGUUUUGUGUCGACAGUAAAUUACUUUAACAGUUUGACUUCGUUUAAUUUCAAUUUGUAUGUAGUAAGUAACAAAAAGCUGUGUUUAUUUGAAUAGUUUUACGUCAAUAAUCUGGUGUAUUUAUCAUGUAUAGUGUAUGCAAAUAAAUGUUUAAGAUGAAGGUUUA